AUGCAAAACAGCAGGAUAUUCAAAACUAAUAAUCCUUAUGAAAAUGGUCGGGCUGAAGGCGAACGUAUUCGUCGCGAAUAUCCUGAUCGAUGUGCAGUUAUCGUUGAACGUGCACCGGAUUCACGUAUUCCGGAUCUUCCUACAAAGAAAUAUUUAGUGCCUACUGAUUUUACCGUAAUGUCGUUUUCUGCUCCUUUUGUUUAUAUAUGA